CGGAAAGAAAGAGAAAGAAGUUAAACACAAUAAUAUAACCUCAAUAAACAUAUUAUUUGAUAAAAAGUUGGUUUUUAAAUUUUUUUUUGUUUGAAUUUAAAGUCGUGAUGUGCAGAGAAACAAACGAAGUGUUUAUGAUAAAGCUAACUGAAAAAAUAGUUCUUAUAAAUAUAUGUUGUGUAACUAUUACUGGUAAUUCCCAACACUUUUUAAUGAUUCCUUGAAAACCCACUGCAUCCCACAGAAAUGGUUAUUCUUCGCCUGAAUAAGCGAAUUUCCUUUUUUAAACUUUUUCUGACAGUUACAUUUUUUAUUUUCAUGAUAAUUUAUUUUGGACUUCAAAAGAAUAAACUAGAAUGUCAACUUCAGGAAGCUGUAGAUGUGGUGUAUACAUGGGUAAAUGGUUCUGACCCAGUGUUUCUCCAAAAUCUAGAAAAUUACAUUGAGGCAGAAAGUGAUCUAUAUGAUGUAUCAAAACAAAGGUUUGAUGAUAAAGAGGAACUCAAAUUUUCACUAAGAUCUUUGGAAAAAUAUGCUCCUUGGGUAAAUCAUGUCUAUAUAGUUACUAAUGGACAAAUACCAUCAUGGUUGAAUUUGGAUUAUGAAAAAGUAACACUUGUAACACAUGAAGAAAUUUUCAAAGAUACUUUCAAUUUACCUACCUUUUCUAGUCCGGCCAUCGAAAGUAAUUUACACAGGAAACAGAGUUUAUCAAAAAAAUUCAUUUAUUUCAACGACGAUAUAUUUCUGGGGAUGCCAACAUAUUUGGAAGACUUUUUUACUACUGGUAGAGGCUUUCUGAUAUAUUUGGCAUGGCCUGUGCCGGAUUGUGCUUCCAAUUGCCCUUGGAUAUAUGUAGCAGAUGGGCAAUGUGAUGAAGACUGUUUUUUAUCACAAUGCCAGAUGGAUGGGGGCGAUUGUAUUGAUUUGAAUGGGAAGAUCCAUAAUUUUGAAAACGAAACAAAAAAUCUUGUCUUGGCAGACAUUAUCAACAAAGUCAAGUCUAAUUUCUACCAAACUUUUUUGAAAAAAUUGAGCCCUAACCAAUCUCUCAUGAACCCUAGGAUCCUGCUAAAAAAUACAUCAAAUAUCGUAAAUGAAACAAAAAAUAUCUUCGAUGCUGUUAAUCGUCACAACGGAUUGAUCAUGAAAAAAGAAAAAUUAGUGAGAACAGAAAACCGUAAGAGGAAAACAAGAUACGUAAGUGAACCUCAAGCAAAUGUCCAAUUUGAUGGAUAUAGUGCUUCUUUACAACAUACCAAUAGACUCUUCAACUCAAAAUAUGGCUUCAGAAGUAGAAAAGUACCAUCACAUGCUCCAAUUUUGAUUGAUAAAGAUAUAAUAAGUGAUUUACAAUUCACAUUUGCCAGAGAAUUUGUCAUCACAGAGAGGAAUCGAGUACGAAGGAAGGAUGACAUGCAAUUUUCUUUCAGUUAUUAUUAUUUUGUUAUGUCUGAAAGAGAAAAUCUCACCGUUGAUCAAAUUUUUGAUUUAUUCGACACAGAUCAUUCCAGCACAUGGUCUGACAGAGAAAUAAGAACGUUGCUCACAAAAUUAUAUGAGUUGCCAUUAAGUUAUGCCAGUAUUGAUCACUUUGAAGAAUUGUUAAGGAAUUGUUCACAAAAUGGCAUCAAUCCUGAAGUUCCUACACCUCCAUUUGAAAGAUACAUAGAUUCAAAAUUGCCAACAAUAUCCAAAAUCUUAGUUAAAAGUUGUAUCUCAUUGACUGAAAUUUUAGUACAAAGAUUCGGAACAAAAUCAAAAUAUAACUACAGUAUAGUUGCAAAUUCUGAAAAAAAUAAUGUUUUUUUUGCAAUGAUCAAUUCCAACGUAAGCGAUGUUGUACGCAAUUUGGAUGAUGUAAGAAGCAACAUGAGGAAAUUCGUUUGCCUCAAUGAUAAUGUUGAUGAAACCAAAGAAGAUGAAAAUGAAUUGGUCAAAGCUAUUUUAUAUGAUUUUUAUUUUUCCCUAUUUCCGCACCCAAGUAAGUUUGAGUUACCAGAAGAUGUGAGAAAUAAAUUUUCCUAUAUAAAUGAUUUGAAAGAUUGGAAGCGAUAUAGGAACAGAGUUAAAAUACUUGUAUUUAGUGUAAUGUCUGUGAUAGUUUGUAUUAUUUUCUAUAAUUUUUGUAAAAAAAAAUGCUGCCGUAUUAUCAAAAGAUUGUUUUGUUAAAAAAUAUA